AUGGCCGAGAACAUGGAAAUCGAUUCUCCCUCCGAUUUCCAACCGCUCAAGCCUCGCGAUCGAGUCGUUCGGAGGCUUGCCCAGUUUGGUGUUCCUGAGGAGCAGCUCGACCAGCCUGGUUUGGUUGCUUUUGUUAAGGAUAAGAAGGCUUUGAUACCUGAGCUGGUGUCUGUUAUAUUGCCUACUGAUGUGGAAGUUAUAGAUGCCUUUCAAGCAUCUAAAUUGGCUUCUAAAAAGACGUCGGGUGUGAUCAUGAAGAAGAGGUUUCAUGAGAGCAUGGUGUGGUUGCAGUGGUUGAUGUUUGAGGGUGACCCAGGCGGUGCUCUGAGAAGGCUUUCCGAGAUGUCUGUUGGGCAGAGGGGUGUCUGUGGGGCUGUUUGGGGCAACAAUGAUAUAGCUUACAGGUGUAGGACGUGUGAGCACGACCCAACAUGUGCUAUCUGUGUUCCUUGUUUUGAGAAGGGGGAUCACAAGGGUCAUGAUUACUGUGUUAUAUACACGGGUGGUGGUUGCUGUGAUUGUGGCGAUGUGACUGCAUGGAAGCGUGAGGGGUUCUGCUCAAUGCAUAAGGGUGCGGAGCAGAUACAACCACUUCCGAAGGAAUUUGCAAACUCUGUUGAACCUGUGCUUGCUUCUCUUUUCAAUUGUUGGAGAGUUAAGCUAACAUUGGCAAGUGAAUCUGUUACUGAAAGAAGGCAGCCAGCAAAUGAGCUAACUUAUGCUGUGGUUGAUAUGCUUCUAGAAUUUUGCAAGCACAGUGAGAGUUUGCUCAGUUUUUGUGCUAGAUUGUCGUUUUCUUCUGAUGGUUUAAUUAACAUGCUGGUGAGAGCUGAGAGGUUUUUAACCGAAGUUGUUGUAAAGAAACUCCAUGAGCUACUCCUGAAAUUGUUGGGAGAACAAAGUUUUAAGUAUGAUUUUGCUAAAGUUUUUCUCACUUACUAUCCAAGUGUCAUAAAUGAGGCCACAAAGGACUCCAGUGACAUUCCUCUAAAGAAGUACCCACUACUAUCAACGUUCUCUGUGCAGAUACUUACAGUGCCCACUCUUACCCCACGUCUUUUGAAAGAAAUCAAUCUACUAACCAUGCUGUUGGGAUGCCUUGAAAAUAUUUUCAUUUCUUGUUCUGAUGACGGACGAUUACAGGUAUCCAGGUGGGCAAAUUUAUUUGAGACAACAAUACGUGUUGUUGAAGAUAUUCGAUUUGUUAUGAGCCAUGUGGUAGUGCCCAAAUAUGUAACCAAUGACCAGCAAGAUAUCUCAAGAACAUGGAUGAGACUUCUAUCCUUUGUACAAGGGAUGAACCCUCAAAAGAGAGAAACAGGUCAACAUAUAGAAGAAGAAAAUGAGAAUGUCCAUUUUCCUUUUAUUUUAGGGCAUUCUAUUGCCAAUAUUCACUCUGUAUUGGUGGAUGGGGCAUUUUCUGAUGCUAGCAAGGGAGAAAUAGAUGGUGAAACUGUUUGGAGCUCUAAAGUUAAUGAUUCAGAUGAUGGAGAUAAUGUAAGGCAUGCAAAGGUAGGGAGGAAAUCUGAGGAAAGCUCUGCAUGUAAUGUUACUAGCAGGAAUAGUACCUUUGCUUCUCCAAAGCUUUGUGAGAUAAAAGCUGAUGCAUCUUCAAAUCUGCCUCUUCCACGUGCUGUCACUUGGUUGAUAUAUGAGUGUUUAAGGGCUAUCGAGAAUUGGUUAAGAGUUGAGAAUACCCCUGGUGUACAUCCUAAUGCAUUAUCUCCGAACAGUGGUAGUGCCUGUGAUGGAAAUUUUUCAGCAUUUAAGAGAACAAUAUCUAAUAAGUUUGGGAGGGGUAAAUAUGCAUUUGGUAGACUUGCCAGUACAAGUGAAGAUCAUGGUAAGCAGAUUUCUGAAAAUAGUGAAGUUGAUUCAGAAAAUACCUGUAUUCAUUCCAUUUCUGAUGAUAAUGCCAUGGAAGAAGAUUUUCUUGUGGAAUCAGAUGGUCCCCGUUUUUUAUCAUUGCCUGAUUGGCCACAGAUAGCCUAUGAUGUGAGUUCACAGGAUAUUUCCGUGCACAUUCCGUUACAUAGAUUGCUUUCCAUGUUGAUACAGAAGGCAAUGAAAAGAUAUUUUUGUCAAUCAGAAGUCUCAGAUGUGACUCAUGCUUCUUCUGCUAAUUCGUUGGCAACUAGUUACAGUGACUUCUUUGGACAAGCUUUACGAGGAAGCCAUCCAUUUGGUUUCUCUGCCAAUAUAAUGGAGCAUCCAUUGCGGAUUAGGGUCUUUUGUGCCGAAGUCCAUGCUGGAAUGUGGCGUAAAAACGGAGAUGCUGCUCUACUAUCCUGUGAAUUGUAUCGAUCAGUACGCUGGUCUGAACAAGGUCUGGAGCUUGAUCUAUUUCUUCUUCAGUGUUGUGCUGCACUAGCUCCAGAAGAUCUAUUUGUCAGCAGAAUUCUGGAGCGCUUUGGUUUGUCAAACUACUUAUGUCUAAAUCUUGAAAGAUCUAGCGAAUAUGAACCUGUUUUAGUGCAGGAAAUGCUUACACUUAUUAUUCAGAUAAUAAAAGAACGACGCUUUUGUGGGCUAAUUACUGCCGAAAGUUUGAAAAGAGAACUAAUUUAUAAGUUAUCCAUUGGUGAUGCCACUCAUAGUCAGCUGGUGAAGUCUCUUCCUCGUGAUCUCUCCAAGUUUGAACAGCUUCAAGACAUCUUGGAUGCAGUAGCUGUUUAUUCUAAGCCAUCUGGAUUUAAUCAGGGUAUGUACUCUUUGCGAGGGCCAUGUUGGAAAGAAUUGGACCUGUAUCAUCUACGUUGGAAUUCAAAGGAUUUACAAGUUGCUGAAGAAAGAUACUUGCGGUUCUGUGGCGUCUCUGCCCUAACCACCCAAUUGCCCCAGUGGACCGAAAUUCAUCCUCCUCUGAAGGGGUUAGCUAGAAUAGCCACUUGCAAAGUUGUUCUACAUAUUAUCCGGGCUGCACUAUUUUAUGCUGUUUCCACUUUUAAAUCAUCUGAAUCUCGUGCUCCUGAUAGUGUUCUUCUACCUGCACUGCAUUUACUUUCAUUAUCAUUAGAUAUCUGUUUUCAACAAAAAGAAUCUAUUGAUGAUACAUACCAUGAUGUAGCACAGCUUCCCAUAAUAGCCCUUUCUGGAGAAAUCUUUGAGACUUCUUUUGGUGAACAAAGCUUGUUGUCACUUCUUGUUUUAUUGAUGGAAAUGCAUAGGAGGGAAAAUGUAGACAACUUUGUAGAUGCAGGUGGUUGUAGUUUAUUUACACUUAUUAAAAGCUUAUUGAAGAAAUAUGCUGAGAUUGACAACAGAUGCAUGAUUAAGUUGCAAAAGCUUGCCCCUGAAGUGGUCUGUCAUAUUUCUGAAUGUAAUCCAUCUAGGGACUCAAGUGGCUCAUCGUUGGCUUCUGAUAGUGAGAAACGCAAGGCAAAAGCUCGAGAUAGGCAGGCUGCAAUAAUGGAAAAAAUGAGAGCCCAACAGACUAAAUUUUUGGCCAGCGUUGAUUCCACUGUUGAUGAUGGUUCUCAACCUGGUCAUGAAGGUGAUUUAGACAAUGAGCAUGAUUCUGAAGAAAUUGAUUCUCGACAUGUUGUUUGCUCCCUUUGUCAUGACCACAAUUCAAAACGUCCCAUCUCAUUUUUGAUACUUCUUCAGAAAUCUAGGCUUGUGAGCGCUGUUGACAGGGGUCCUCCAUCAUGGUCUAAACUUUGCCGAUCAGAUAAAGAACAUACACCUGUUAUCAACACCAAGGAGACUGAUACAUUGACCAUGAACUGGAAUCCAGUUAGUUCGGGAUCACCUUCAUCUUCACACUUAAAUCAAUUUGUACAGAUUGCUGCAAAAGAAUUAGCUUCUUGUGGUAAACCUGGGGAAGUUCUUACUUUUCUGCAAUAUGUCAAGAAUAAGUACCCAGCACUGGUAAAUUUUCAGCUCCCAGACACAUGUUAUGAUGAAAAAGAAAAGGCCCCAUAUACUUUUGAGACUUUAGAACAGGCUAUGUACUUCUCCAUUCAUGAUGAAAUGCACGGUCCUCAAUUAUCUUCGAAUUUGACAAAUAUGGAUGACAAAGUUUUAACUGCUGGGGGGAAUACAAAUAUUAUAUUAGACACUGGAUCUGUAUUGCUUGGGAAAUAUACUGCUGAUCUUGUGCAAGAGAUGUCAGAAAUUUCUUCUGUGUCUGAGAAUGCAUCUAAUGAGACUGUUGCUGUGAAAUCUACAUCAGAUCAUCAAUCAGAUGAUGGAUUUGGUCCUACUGAUUGUGAUGGUGUUCAUCUUUCUUCUUGUGGGCAUGCAGUACAUCAAGGUUGUCUUGAUCGAUCUGUCAGAAGAAUCGUUUUUGAAGGAGGACACAUUGUUGACCCAGAUCAGGGUGAGUUUCUCUGUCCUGUGUGCCGCAGACUUGCAAAUUGUGUUUUGCCAACUUUACCUGGAGAAUUAAAAAAGCCUUUGAAGCAGUCUAUCAUCUUGAGUACUGGUUCAAUCAAUACUGCUUCCCCCUUAGCUGAAUCAAGUGAAUUGACUUAUUCACUUCGCCUCCACCCAGGCUUAAAUCUUCUGCAAUCUGCUGCCAAUGCAGUUGGGAAACUUAAAUUCCUAAAUUCUAUUCCUUUGCAUCACAUUGACAAAAGUAGAACAAAUCUUGAAAACUUCCUGCGGGUGCUUUCUAAAAUGUAUUCCCCUUGCAAAGAAGAAAAGUUAUCAAAGUUUGUCAGAAUAAACCAUUCAAUGUUGAUGUGGGACACUCUUAAGUACUCUUUGACAUCUAUGGAAAUUGCUGCACGGUGUGGAAAGACAUCUUUUACUCCAAACUAUGCUCUUAGUGCCUUGUAUGAAGAACUCAAAUCUUCAAGUGGCUUUAUAUUAUCCCUGAUGUUGAAACUUGUUCAAAAAACCCGAAGUAAGAAUUCUCUUCAUGUUCUACAAAGAUUUAGAGGCGUUCAACUCUUCGCAGAAUCAAUUUGUUCUGGGGUUUCACUGAAUUAUGAAAAUAAGGACGACUGUGGGAUAGGUGAUAUGUUAAGUAUCUUGAAGCAUAUUCAAAUGGACGUGUCGAACACUGACAUUAGCUUUUGGAGACAGGCUUCAGAUCCUGCUAUAAUUUUACAUCAUGAGAAAUCUAAGGAUAAAUCGUUGAGGGAUUCAGCUCUUUCAGGUUGUCUGAUUACUGACAUAUAUAAAGUUAUGAAUGAGUCUGGAUAUGCCCAACAGUACUUUGUGUCAAAUUAUUUUGAUCCCAAUGUUGAUAUUAAAGAUGCGAUUAGGAGGUUUACUUUUCCUUAUUUGCGAAGAUGUGCAUUGUUGUGGAAGAUACUCCAUUCUUUUAUCCCAGCACCAUUUUGUGAUGAGGAAAAUAUAUUCGAUAGAUCAUGGAAUGCCCCAAAGGACACAAUGGGCAGUUCCAAUAUUGAGAUGUUUGAGGUCACUAAAAUUCACGAGCUCGAGAACAUGUUCAAAAUUCCCUCUCUUGAUGUGGUUCUCAUGGAUGAACUUUCAAGAAUGACAGUCUCUAGUUGGUGUCGUCAUUUUUGCAAGGACUCUCAUAGAAUUCAACAAACCAUGCAUGUAACACCUGCUGUUCCAUUUGAAUUAAUGAGAUUGCCCAAUAUUUAUCAGGACCUUUUGCAGAGGUGUAUCAAACAGCGAUGCCUUGCAUGCAAAUCUGUUCUUGAGGACCCUGCUUUGUGCCUACUAUGUGGCAGAUUGUGCUCUCCAAGUUGGAAAUCAUGCUGCAGGGAAAGUGGAUGCCAAACCCAUGCUGUAACCUGUGGAGCUGGUACUGGAGUAUUUCUGUUGAUUAAGAGAACAACGAUCCUACUACAGAGAUCUGCACGUCAGGCCCCUUGGCCUUCUCCUUACUUAGAUGCUUUUGGUGAGGAGGAUUUUGAUAUGACACGAGGCAAGCCACUUUACCUGAAAGAGGAACGCUAUGCUGCUUUAACUUAUAUGGUUGCUUCCCAUGGUCUGGACCGGAGUUCCAAGGUUCUUGGUCAGACCACCAUCGGUUCCUUGUUCCUGGUUUAG